ACCAUGCUUUGGAUUUAACAAUAAUUUUUGGAGUAGGCUUAAAUAUACACAGAGUGACAGAUUUUAGAGUUCAUGCCUGUGGAAGCCACAUGACAAGACGCGCGCAUUCCAGAACAAGAUCAGCGUCUUUGCAGCGUUCCAUCGUCAGGACGAUAGUCGUCUCUUUAUCAAAGUUAUUUUUUUUUCUGUGCACAAUUUAAUGGCCUAUACUACGUGAGUGGCAUUUGUUAGAGACAUGCUUGAAAGAACGAGCAAGUAUUUUAAUUUAAAAAGCUUACAUCUCCAAAAAUAGAAGGACAGCUUCCCAAGUCAGAGCAAAAAAAUAUGGAUACUUGCUUAAGACGUCUGAAGCAGGAGCUGGUGUCUAUGAAGGAGGCAGGAGAUGGCCUCCAUGCUCAGAUGAACUCCAUGAUGGGGGCUCUUCAGGAACUCAAGCUUCUACAGGUGCAGACAGCGCUAGAGCAGCUAGACAUCUCAGGGAGGUCUGUCCAAAGGGCGGCCCCACCACCAGCAGAGGACACAUGCCCUGGCCCUAUCCCCAGCCCCAAUGCUACCAUUGGCUUUGGCCACAAUGAGACCCUGAGGCCCCCCCUGGUCAGGACAUCCAGCCAGGAGCAGCAGCAGAGCCGGGGGGGGCACCAGAGCAGCCUGGGCACCUCGCCCUCUUCCUCCAGCCUGGAGCCAGUAGAGACUGAGAGCCAGCCUCUCCCUCUCCCCCGCAGAGUGUCUGGAUACACCGCCCCACAGGGGGAGUACUGCGGCCCACGUCUUAGCCAAGUGUUUCCAGAGCAUCAUAAGCCGGCUCACCCAGGCCAGGUAGUGGAUCUCCCUGGCAUUCUCUACAGCCUGUCCAGGGAAGGCCCCUCGCUGGACAGCGACUACUCCCAGGACAGCAUGGACGACUCCAGAGACUGGACCUCCUCGCUCAUGAGCCACAGCCGCAACCGGCAGCCGCUGGUGCUGGGGGACAACGUUUUCGCCGACCUGGUGGGCAACUGGCUGGACCUGCCUGAGCUGGAGAAGGAGGAGAUGAUUGGCUGGACCGACAGGCCCGACUCCCCGGCCCACCCUCUCCGUCUCAGCCGCUCCCAGGAGAUCUGCAGGAAGGUCUCUCUGACCACCAAUAUCUUCAAGAAGUUCCUGCGCAGUGUGAGGCCCGACAGGGACAAGCUACUUAAGGAGAGGCCAGGCUGGAUGGUCCCUGAGAACCAGAAGGCCGAGCUCUUUAAGAGGCCCAAGAAAGUGUCUAAGCAGCAGACCAAGGGGAGCUUGUACCUCCCAUUCUGGGCAGGUGUAGGGCAGCAGGGUAAGGGACGGCAAUGUCCCCAACUGGCUGAGGAGAGACAUCCCACGAGCCAGGGCCAGUUCUCUGGGCUUUACAUAAACAGGAGACAGGAGGCCAGAAUGGAGAAAAUGCUGCCCUUGUUUGACUACAACACGGCUGUGUGGGUCUAAUGCUGACGCUGCUCUAGGAUGCUGCGGUGGUGGCAGGUGUUGGGGAUUUGGCUGGGAGCUCUUGGGUGGAAACAAGGAGGUUUGUGUGUCUGUCUGUCUCCUUCUCCCAGAGAACAGGCAGACUGAGGGAUGAAUAUCCAGACUAUUUCCCAAUAGAGAGAUUAUCAGGGCAACUGUUUGUCUGACAAUCCUAAGACCUUUUUGUCUGUGACUGUGAGAGCAAGCAGGACUUUCUCUCAUAGAUGGGUUCACCAAAGUAAAUAAGAUUCUAAUGAGUGCAUAAGUGCCCUGGACUAUCCAAUAUACGGUACUUCAAUAUGGACAUAAUAAUGCUCUGAAUUUCUCUCCUUGUUACAGCGUCAUCAUGGUUUCAAACCUCAACCCUGUUUCAUAUGUUUGAAUUUGACUGUAUACCCAAGUGUAUCCCCACCCUCAUCUCGUACUUCUAUCAGUUGUGACACAUCCUGCAUGGGCACUACUAAAUGUUUCAUCUAUGACAUUGUGAAACAGUCACUGAGCUGCCACUAAACACAACCACAGGUGCUUCUCUGCCUCGCUGCCCAGAGUCAGACGGCUGGAUGAAUACACACAGAGUGUAAUAUUGUUCCAUUAGCCUCACUCAGGGAUCGGGAUGUGGACUGUGUGACCGACUGGGUUCAAACCUGGAUCUCCUGUACACCACAAGACUGUUAGCCCGCUUAGGUAAAGCCUAGGUAUUAGCUUGGGGAGCUAACACAGGUCUUCAGGUCUCAGGCAAGGUUACUCAUCACAUGGUUCCUUGGUUCCGAACCACCUCUGUUACAUCUUCACCAUCCACCUACACACACAGGAUAGGGUUUAAGGCCCAGUGCAGUCAAAAACUAGAUUUACCUGUGUUUUAUAUAUAUAUCCACACUAUGAGGUUGUGAAAAUGAUUAUAAUGCCCUUUUAGUGUAAGAGCUGUUUAAAAAGACAUGCAGACAUGAUGGCACAUCGUGACUCUUCAGCCAAUCCUCCUGGAUAGUGUAUUAUACAUAGCAGAGAGAGGGAGAGAGAGAGAGAGAAAGAGCUGUGUACCAUCUGGUUGCCUACAGUUACAUAAGGACAAGCUAGCAGCACAGACAAGAGGUGCUGUCAUUCAGCGUAGGCUGUCGAAUGUUUUGAAACCAACCCUAAGCUGUGAUGCUGAAGUUACAUGUAUAUGUCCUAUGUACGUCAUGCCAGACAGGGCCUGGAGAGUUCAUGUAGAAAUCAGAGGACUGAGGAGGAGGAGAAUGUUUACAGUGAAUCAUUCCAUAUGUACAUGCAGUACUAAAUGUCAUGAUGUCAACAAAGUCGAUUAGCCGUUGUGUUCAGUUAUUUUAAAAAGGGACUUAAAGAGAUGGAGGUUGAACCCGGUAGAUAUGUGGUUAGACCAAGCACUCUUUAUGAAACUGUAUGAAGGAGGUGUUGUGAAGAGAUUUGAGAGAGCAGCGUGAACAUUAGAAUGGAUUAGCAACAUUUGCCAUAAUUUCCCAGAGCUGAGCUCCACAUAUACAAAAAAGUACAAAAAAAUGUAUGUAUGUACUUGUAAGUCGCUCUGGAUAAGAGCGUCUGCUAAAUGACUUAAAAUGUAAAUGUAAAUAUAAUUUCCUCAGGGAAAUCACUGUAAUUACGAAAACUAUUUAUCUUCUUUAGAAAACACACGGUAUGCAAGUACAAUCCUCAGCCCUCACUAGUAAUAAGAGUGGCCUGAGAAGUGAAACAUCACCCCAUCCAUUAAUUCAACAGACAUGAUUAUGAAUGUUCCAAUGCAGCCAUUUUUGUCUCAAUAUCAAAUAAUUUCUGGGAAAUAAUUAAGUAACUUACUGUAAUUGUUUUCAAUAAAAUUGUCAAAAAGAAACAAAAAUACCUUCUUAGCAUGAGCAAUUUCUCAAGCAAAAAUGUUGCUAGGACUGAGUGUGUCCCACCAAAACAGGCUGACAUCUCAGGCGGUCUAUUCAAACAACUCUUACACUAAAAGGGCUUUAUCAUAAUUUUCACAAUUUCACAGCAUUAUUCCAACCUCAUAGUGUGGAAAUAUAUAUAAAACACAGGCAAAUCAUGUUUUUGACUGUACUGGGCCUUUAAAUAUCUCUUCAUAUACUGAAAACACAUGGUUUUUUUUCAAUAUUCAGGUCGAAUUAUAUUCAGUAAAUCACACUACAAUCCCUCUACAAAAACUGUUAUGCCAUAAGAGCCUCUCUGAGCCUCUCUCUGCCUGUCGUCUUAUUCAUAUUUACAGCUAUAAUUGUCAUUUUAGCACUGUUGUUAAAACUGCGGUUCUGCGAACCUCAAAGUGUUACUGAGUGUAAAUUUGCACUGUAAAACUUCCAC